CGUGUAUGUCCCUUCCCGUGACCCGUACAAAAACACUGUCGUGUUUUGCCCCAAGCAAAAAUGGCGGAGGCCUCGUCAACUUCUUCCAACUUUUUCUGCCACAGAUGCUCGCAAAGUAUCACUCCACGUCUCCCGGACUACACGUGUCCUCGUUGCCAUUCGGGUUUCAUUGAGGAGCUGCCAGCGGCCGCCAGAGCUGAGAGCGCUUCCUCGUCAUUCGGCAGUGAUCAGGCAGGCUCCACAUCAGAGAGUCGGCAUCAGCCGUCUUCGUUCUUCUCUCUCGGUCGAGGAUACGGCCCCUUCUCUCUCGGAAUAUUCGACCACCUCUCAACUGAACAGGAUGACGGGGAAGCUGCAUCGGCGUCGCCCCCUCUGCAUCCGUGGCAACAGUACAUCAGUGGCUUCGGCCGGCAACCACAACAAUCAUCGUCACGACAACAGCAACCACAACCAUCGUCACCCCAGCAACAACAGAGGCAGGCUCCUACCUUGGAGGGGAUCAUCCAGCAGCUUGUGAGUGGGAUUAUGGCCCCCACAGCCAUGCCGGACAUGGGCAUGGGAUCAUGGGGAUCCAGGGGAUCGCUUCACUCCAGCCCCAUGGACUACGCCUGGGGCUCCAAUGGCCUGGAUGCCAUCAUCACACACCUCCUGAACCAGUUUGAGAACAGCGGGCCGCCACCAGCUGACAGGGAGGCAAUACGACGUCUCCCCACCAUAGAGAUUACCCAGCAACACGUUGCGUCUGGCCUGGAGUGUUCGGUCUGCAGGGAGGACUUCAAGAGGGGCGAGAGCGCCAGGCGACUGCCCUGCACCCACACCUUCCACAGCAGCUGCAUCGUCACCUGGCUGGAGCAGCAUGACACCUGUCCUGUGUGCCGCAAGAGUUUAAGCGGCCGCAACACCGCCACCGACCCCCCCGACUUCCACUAAAACACGGGAUGGACUACCCCGCCGACAUGCAAUCUCUAUGGAAUUAAAUUAUGGAAUGGACACACCCACCUAUAUGCAGUGUUUACUUAUGAAAUGGACACAAUUAUUGAUCCAUGAAAACACGAAACUGGAGUGGCCAUCCACAUACUACCUCUAUGGAGUGAAAAUAUGGAAUGGAUUCACCCACCUGUAUGCAGUCUUUAUGGAAUGGAAUCAAUUAUUUAUCCAUGAAAACACGAA